ACUUUGAGUUUAAGUACUACUGCCAUUGCUGCAAGCACCGCUACUCCGGCGCCGCCCAUUCGUUCCUUGCUUCGUUCGUUCAGUGGCUUUGCGGUGGUCCUGACGGCUUCGAAAGGGUUAAAAGGGACACAGCACACGGAUGGCGGUGAGAGGAGCAGCAGGAAUCGGUCUGCAAUUUCUUUUGGCAACGACUGGCAAACUCGUCUCAGAUCAAUCUGCCAUUCAUUGGCUUUCCAGCAAGCAUGCCAACCACUUCCGGACGAUACUGCCCCAGCCAGUCAUGCGGCCUCGAGCUCAGUGUCGGUGCCGAUGGGCUCGUCUCGUUGCAGACCGUGCAGGGGAGCGUCUAUGCAGGCGCUAACAACAGUUUUCGCCCAGGCAAAGACUUUUUCCUUUGCAAGGACGAUGGUCUGGUGGGUCGACACGGCCAGCCUACCGAAGUUCAGGUGGAGAUCGAGGCAAAGCGCUACGUGCUCUGGGUUGAGCAGCGCGCUCCGACCGAAUUUGGCCUGGUGCCGAUCGCCGCGGACGCAACAGAGAGGGAGUAUUCGAACAAGUUCCUGGGCGUCGAUGAGAGCGGCCGCACACUCACGCUCUCGGACAGCUGGGGACCCGGACAGCGCUGGAGAAUAAUGGGCAUGUGAUUCCAUCCACAGCACAUCAUAUCGCAUCGCUCACUUAUCCAUCAUGUCCGCUAAUCUCCAUCCGUGCCUCGAGCACGCAAGUAAAUAAGCCGGCGCCUGUAGCCAUUCCCUUUUAUGACUUCCUCUUAGCUGGUCUAGGCUACACUGCUCCGCUCUGCAAUCUGCACGUGAGCACACCAGAUAGAAACCCGGCACCGUGGGUCGGUGACAACCGGGCGAGUUGAAUAUGGAAACCUAUAGCAGUGUGAAAAUAUG